GUCCAUCCAUGGAGGCCUCCUGGGGUGGGGAGUCCUGCUGGCAGGGACAAGGCAUGGAGAUGUUGGAGGAGAAGUAUCUACCUUCCAGGAAGAACUGGUUCCAGAACAGCCUGGAAGUGGCCCUCAGGGCGAUGACUGCACCAAGGCCCCAUUGGAAGGAAGGGUUUGGGCGGAGGAAGACAAGCUGUUCAGAUGUAUACCUGCUAUGCAGUGGAGAUUCUGGCACUUGGGGCUCUGCAAGGCCCUUGCCUCACUGCAGGCCACCUGGAAUGCCUUCUCCCAGCCUGUUCCAGCCAGCUGUGGCCAGCUGCUAACCCAGCUCCUCCUGUGUGGUUCCCUGGCUGCCGCUGCCACAGGUCUGGCCCAUCGUUGGCUGGUAUCUUCGCUGUUUUACUCCCUGCAGUCCUCAGCCAUAGUGGCCACAGUCUGUGGCUUCCUGGUCUUCCUUGGUCUAGGCCUGGUACCACCAGUUCGCUGCCUGUUUGCACUCAUGGUGCCCACCCUAGGCACAGAACAGGGCCGCCGGCUGCUCCUGUCCUAUAGCACUGCCACCCUAGUCAUAGCCGUGGUGCCAAACAUCUUGGCCAAUGUGGGUGCAGCUGGACAGGUGCUGCGGUGUGUCACCGAGGGCUCCUUGGAGAGUCUGCUCAACACCACUCACCAGCUGCAUGCAGCGUCCAGGGCUCUGGACCCCGUGGGCCAUGCAGGCAGCCGAGGCCUGACACUAAAGCCUGAGGGCAAUGGCUCCACCCUACGGCUCCAUAUGCUCAAGGCCACCCAGCAGAUCCUGGAGGAUUUCUCUGGCUUGGAGUCCCUGGCCCAGGCAGCAGCACUGGGGAUCCAGCAGGUGGUCACAGGCCUGUUUCUGCUGGGCCUCCUAGUGGAGUCAGCCUGGUACCUCCACCACUACCUGACAGACCUGCGGUUCGACAAUAUCUACGCUACCCAGCAGCUGGCUCAGCGGCUGGCACAGGCUCAGGCCUCACACCUGUUGGCCCCUCCUCCGGCCUGGCUGCUCUGGGCAGCCAGGCUGAAGCUGUCACAAGGGGAGCUGCUGAGUUGUCUCCUACGGCUGGGGCUGCUCACCCUGCUCCUGGUGGCCACAGCUGUGAUGGCGGCCGCAGACCAUGUGGCCUUCCUCCUGGCCCAGGCGGCUGUGGAUUGGGCUCAGAAGUUGCCUACUGUGCCCAUCACGCUCACGGUCCAGUACGAUGCUGUGUACACGGUGCUGGGCUUCGUUCCGUUCCUGUUCAACCAGCCACCUCAGGAGAACCCCUUCCUCUCCUCCCACAGCUCCUACCAGUGGGAGCUACGCUUCACCGCGGCCGGCUGCCACCUGCUGCCCGCCCAACGCCCCCGCGCGGCCGCUCCGCUGGUUGCAGGAGCCCUGCAGCUCCUGGCCGGUUGCACCCUCCUCCUGGACACCUACGCUCGCCGCCUGCGACACGCCAUCGCCGCUUCCUUCUUCACAGCUCAGGAGGCACGCAGGAUCCGCUACCUUCAUGCUCGCCUCCAGCGAAGAUACGACAGGCACCGAAGCCAGCAGCUGCCCCUGGGUGCUCCUUCCUGCUCCUGAAGCUCGGACCUGCCUGCAACCCCGAGCAUGGUUGGACAGGCGUCUGCUUGCAGGACCCUCCGGAAAACGGAGAGCAAUGUGCAAGGGGAAGGAAAGAGCUCUGGAGGUGCACAGACCUGAGUGGUACCGUGGCCCUCCUGCUGCCUUCCUGUGUGACGUGGGUAGUCCCCUGACUUCUCUGAGCCUGAGGUCUACCUCUGCACGAUGACUGCACAAUUACACUUGAUGUGACCUACUUUCCAUGUGGGAAUGUGGACAGGAUGGAACCCAUACUGGGCAUGAAAGCUCUCAGGGAACAACAGUAAUCAUGUAAAGAUGAAGUCCAGGAAGUGCAUGGACGGCCAGUGGCUCCUCCAGGCCAGACAGAAGUGGGUCAAGACUCUCAUCUCAUCAACUUUACUGGUUAGGUGGACACUGAGAUCUUAACGUACCCAAAUGCUCCUGGAACUUACAUGCCUCUGAAGCCUCUGAACUUAUUUAUAGUCAUCUCAAAUUUUGAUGUUAUGAAUAAAUGUAUUUAUUCUUGUCUUCAA